AUGCCUGCACACCUCGACGCCAUCGUCAAGGCGUACCGCGGCACUUCCAAGCGCGCGGCCGGUUCAGGAACCGCCACCAAUACCCCCGAGGCCGAGGAUGUCUCAUACCUCACCAACGUGGCCAUCGGUACCCCCGCCCAGACCCUCCCUCUCGACUUCGACACCGGUUCGAGCGACCUGUGGGUCUUCAGCUCUGAGACUCCGAGCGACGAGGUCAACGGCCAGAAGACGUACGACGCGGCAUCGAGCACGACGGCCAAGCAGCUGAGUGGCGCGACCUGGUCUAUCAGCUACGGUGACGGCAGCUCCUCCAGCGGCAACGUCUACACUGACACCGUCACCAUUGGUAACCUCACAUAUGCCUCCCAGGCAGUCGAGGCCGCCACCACCGUCUCGGACGAGUUCACCGAGGACUCUGCCAACUCUGGCCUCGUCGGCCUGGCCAUGAGCAGCCUCAACACCGUCUCCCCUACCGCCCAGAACACCUUCUUUGACAACAUCAAGUCGACCCUGACCUCGCCUCUCUUCGUGGCCAAUCUCAACCAUGACGCUCCCGGUACCUACACCUUUGGUGCCAUCGACUUCACCGGCACUGUUCUCUAUGCCGACCUGUACAACACCAGCCAGGAUCUCUCUGGCUACUGGACCUUCCAGUCCACAGGCUAUGCCCGCGCUGUCACCCUGACCGACGAGACCAUCACCGGCAUUGCUGACACCGGCACCACCCUGCUCAUGCUGCCUGACGACGUCGUUGCCGCCUACUACGCCCAGGUCUCAGGCGCCGAGGACAGCACCGCCGAGGGCGGCUACGUCUUCCCCUGCGACAGCACCAUGCCCGAUUUCUCCUUUGGUGUGGGUGAUGGUGCCAUCACCGUGCCCGGUGACUACAUCAACUGGUCUGCCGUCGACACCACCAACACCACCUGCUACGGUGGCCUGCAGAGCGACGCCUCCAUUGGCUUCUCCAUCUUUGGCGAUAUCGCUCUCAAGUCUGCGUACGUGGUCUUUGAUGGUGGUGAGCAGCGCGUCGGCUGGGCUCAGAAGGCCAGUGUAUAAAAAAAAAAAAAAAAAUCCUCGACGACAAUUCAUGAGUGCGAGAGAAGAAAAAAAAAAAGAUCAAAGAGAGGGUGAAAGGAUGAAAUCGAGACGAUUGAAUCCGAGCUCCUCCUUCUUUCCCGUUGGGUUUCGAUGGUGAGGGAAGGUGCUUGCAUGAAAGAACAUACCCAAUUUUCCCCUAACCUUGUAUGCUCUAGACUAGCGUCGUUUUGUUACCAGCCUUUUCCAGGCUCUUGCUUUUUUCUUCUUUUUCCUUUUCUUCUGCAUUGUGCUUCAUCCUUUUUCUAUCUUCUUCUCCUGCUCAUAUUUUUCUUUCUCCAUCAUCGAAGAUACUAGAUAGCAAGAUAUCCUUAUCCUGUGCAUUAGCAUUAUCAAUAUGUCUGUACUUUUGGUGUUGAAUUAGUAUGGCAAUCAAUCUUGAUACCACUCAAUACAUUUUUUUUGCUUC